GGAGAUUGCCAUAAAUCAGUGUGCAUUAAUUGAAAUGGGAAAGUUGAAAUACGACUAGAAGACUGAAAAGGAAGGCGUACAAGUUUGCCUAGUUGACAUUCAUGACAUAAAAGAUCUAAUUUUGAUUUAGAAAAACUAGCUAAAGAAGAUGACACGCCAUGGAGAACAGCGGGGCUGGGGUGUCCAAGCCGUCGGUGCCAGGUGGAGAGAUCGACUUGGGCCAAAUUGAGGUGUGCGUUGGAGGGCGCUUGGGAGAUGGGGUAGAGAGGUCCAUCACUAUUGGAUCGAUGAAUCACGGCUCCCAGGAGGAGUCGCCGGACAUCGCCAGGGUUCUUCGCCGGAAUCUAGUCGCCACUUUGAUUCUUCGUCGAUCCAAUUGAGGUAGGGGUCAAGGUUUAGAGGAGGAGCAGCGUGGAGGAUAGUGAAGCGUGACGCUGGUGGAUGGCCCAAAGCUGUUUGAAAUUGAAUUAAAUACUUGUUGACUUUUAUUUUGUUAAGCUACAAGAAUGUUUGACGAUGUUGUCUUAAAGGCUUCCGCAACGUUUGAAUUAUUUACUCCGAUUGAUUAUGAAUUAUUUCUAAAUAAAUGUUAAUUGAUAUU